CAUGGAGGGGCCGCUGUACAAGUGGACCAACUACCUGAGCGGUUGGCAGCCGCGCUGGUUCCUUCUGUGUGGGGGCAUCUUAUCCUAUUAUGAUUCCCCUGAAGAUGCCUGGAAGGGCUGCAAAGGGAGCAUCCAGAUGGCCGUCUGUGAAAUUCAAGUUCACUCUGUAGAUAACACUCGCCUGGACCUGAUCAUUCCUGGUGAACAGUAUUUCUACUUGAAGGCCAGAAGCGUGGCUGAGAGGCAGCAGUGGCUGGUUGCCCUGGGCUCCGCCAAGGCUUGCCUGACAGAUAGUCGGACACGGAAGGAGAAAGAGUUUGCCGAAAACACAGAGAACUUGAAAACCAAAAUGUCAGAGCUGAGACUCUACUGUGACCUCCUUGUCCAGCAAGUGGCUAAAACCAAGGAAGCGAGUGCAGCCGGGGGGCCCAGCCCCCAGGAUGGACUCCACGUGGGGACGCUGUUGAAAUGCACCUGCAAUACCUUCCUGAAGACCCUGGAGGAAUGUAUGCAGAUCGCCAAUGCCACCCUCACCUCCGAGCUGCUCCACCAUAGCCCGCCAGGGUCGCCACAGCUGGCCAUGCUCAAGUCCAACAAGAUGAAACAUCCUAUUGUACCGAUUCAUAAUUCAUGGGAAAGACAAAUGGAGUUAAACAAUUGUGAAAAUGGAUCUUUAAUUAUGGAAAUCAAUGGUGAUGAGGAAACACUGAUGAAAAAUCAGAGCCCCUUAUAUUUGAAAUCUGCAGAGAAAGAUCGCCAUCGAGCAAGAGCAGAAAAUACGAAUAAUGCUCUAACAGGUGAAGUAAUGAAGAACAACGAAGAGGAAAACCUGGGGGUUCUUGUCAGCAGCCCGACACAGCCUGACUCUGACCGCACAGGUCAGUCUCCAGAGUCCUACUGGGGAGAAGACCAAGAAGUCAUCCCAACCUUCUUCAGUGUCAUGAACACCAGCUUUAGUGACAUUGAACUUCUGGAAGACAGUGGCAUCCCCACUGAAGCCUUUUUAUCUUCAUGUUAUGCAGUGGUUCCAGUAUUAGACAAACUUGGUUCUACUGUGUUUGCUCCUGUUAAGAUGGAUCUUGUUGGGAACAUUAAAAAAGUCAACCAGAAGUUCAUCACCAACAGGGAGGAGUUCAGCACCCUGCAGAAGAUAGUGCUCCAUGAGGUGGAGGCGGGGGUGGCUCAGCUUAGGAACUCGGCCACAGAAGCCCUCUUGUGGCUGAAGAGAGGUCUCAAGUUUUUGAAGGGGUUUUUGACAGAAGUGAACAAUGGAGAAAGGGACAUCCAGAUAGCCUUGAACAACGCGUAUGGUAAAACGUUACGGCAACAUCACGGCUGGGUUGUCCGAGGGGUUUUUGCGUUAGCUCUGAGGGCAGCUCCAUCUUACGAAGAUUUUGUGGCUGCGUUGACCAUAAAGGAAGGCGACCACCAGAAAGCAGCUUUCAGUGCUGGGAUGCAAAAGGACCUCAGCCUUUACCUCCCUGCCAUGGAGAAGCAGCUGAUGAUCCUGGACACUUUGUAUGAGAUGCACGGGCUGGAGUCAGACGAGGUGGUGUGACAUCUGUGGCCAGUACCGCCUUCCAACUUCAGGGAAUCUAGUUUGUCCCCCAAGUGUUCUGUUGCCCUACUUCAUUUCUAGCAGCAACCCCCUCCAGGUUAAGGAGGGGAGAGAGAGAUGGAGGCAAAAACCUAGUGCUUUGAUCGUUAAUUUUUUUUUAAUGUUUUAUGUAUUUAAAAAUCAAGGUGCUAUAAAUUUCCAUUGAAAGGGCCUCUUGGAAACCAAAUCAUAGCUGUUCUAUAGACUUGUAGAGCAAGCUCUGAGAACAGAUUUGACAAAUGAAUUUGUUGGUGUUUGUUUUGCUUUGGUUUAUGAGCUUUUUAUUUAAUGGAUCACUCAAACUUCAACAGAAGAUGAGCAGAUUCCAUCUCUACAACUCCUAACCAGCGUUGCCGCCAACUGAGAAGUAACUCAAAAAAAUUUUGGAGGGCACUAGGCCCCUCUUUUGAGCUCUUGGAAUGUAACAUCAGUGAAUCCCAUAUGUUU